AUGUCGACUAAAAAAGAAGCUCGUGAUAGUCUGUCUGACCAUUCUGUUGAUCUUGAAGAUCAGGGUCUGGUAAAAAAAGAGUAUAGACAAGAUAAUGCAGGUGAUGGUACAAAUGCUGAAGAUCAAUACCUACAUGGUAUAAAGUUAUUGCUUUGCCUUGUGUCGAUGUUCUUGUGUAUGUUUUUGUCAGCCUUGGACCAGACGAUUGUGGCUACAAUUUUGACUGUGAUUGGAAAUAAGUUCAACUCUUUUGAUAAAAUUGGUUGGUUGACGUCUGGUUUCUUCCUCUCUAUGGCAGUUCUAGUCGCUACAUGGGGUCGUUUAUCUAUUAUUUUUGGAAGAAAAGGAACCUUAUAUAUAUCAAUUGUGCUAUUUGAAGCAGGCUCUUUGAUGUGUGCUUUAGCUAAUGAUAUGAAUACGCUUAUUGGCGGUAGAGUCUUAGCAGGUGUAGGGGCCGGUGGUUUACAGUCGAUGGCUUUUGUAAUUAUAUCUGAAGUUGUCCCCCUUAAUAAGAGACCUUUGUCUAUGGCACUAAUGGGGUGUGUCUUUGCGGUUGCUUCUGUUGUCGGCCCAUUGCUUGGUGGUGCUUUCACUACUCAUGCAACUUGGAGAUGGUGUUUUUACAUAAACUUGCCAAUUGGUGGAGUUGCCUUGGCUUUCUUGUUUUGGGCGUUUAACCCACCUAGGCCUCAAGGCAGCGUCAGAGAAAAGUUGAAAUUGAUAGAUUACGUGGGUACUGUAUUGUUGUGUGGGGGAUUGGUUGUAUUCCUCUUGGCGUUAACAUUUGGAAGUAGUAACCAAUAUCCUUGGAAUUCUGGCGCUGUAAUCAGUUGUUUUGUCAUUGGAGCGGUCGUUUUCGCUUUGUUUUGGGUGUGGAAUUUUAGGUUUGCAAAAAAUCCAACUAUUCCACCACCUGUUGUGAAGGUGCCACAAGUUGCUGCCUCUUCAAUUGCCUUUUUUGCGGCUUUUGCUUAUUUUAUGUGUGCUAUUUUAUUUGUAGCAAUAUACUUUCAAGAAAUCCAUGGUCAGAGUGCAUGGAAGUCAGGAAUUCAUUUGUUGCCAGUUAUCAUUCCAGUCGUGGUGUCCUCGAUUAUGAGUGGAAUUAUAAUUAGAAAAACCAAAAUGGUGAAACCUUUAAUGGUCUUGGGCGGCGUCCUUGCUCCGAUCGGAUGUGGACUAUUAAGUUUACUUGAUGUCGAUUCUUCUUCGUCGCGGCAAAUCGGUUUAUUGAUUAUUGUGGGAAUCUCUGUUGGUGUUUUCAUUCAAGGAUGUUUAAUGUCAGCCCAAAUAGCCGCUCCUAACGUGCCCGGUGGUACUAUCAUGACGACCGUAUUAGCCAACUUUAGUAGAUCUGUCGGAGGAACACUUGGUUCAAUAUUGGCUCAAACUGUGUUUUCUUCAUCCUCGAGAAGUAAACUCACUUCGUCAAUUGCUGCUCUCAAGGGACAGAAGUUAUACGAGGAGCUUAAAAAGAUUGAUAUUGAUAAACUUCUGGAUUCCACAGACGUGUUAAAUCAAUUAUCUCCUGAGGCAAAAGCCUUUGUGAAGGUUCAAAUAAUGGGUGCUAUAAGGAAUGUGUUUUACUUGUCGAUCGGAUUUGCUGGAAUAGCAACAAUAGCUUGCGUUUUUAGUACUAAUAAGAAACUACCAGAUUCAGUUUUUGGAGCCGAUAAACCAAAAGACGUGAACGCUGAGAUAAAUGAGGUUGAAUCCACUGCCGAAAACAACUCUGUUGGUGAUGCUACAAAAGAAAUGAUUGGUAAUGAAAGUGAAAGGUCUGAAGAGCCCAGAGAUGAGAUUUCGAAAGAAUCUGCCUGA